AUGUUUCGAUUCCUACAACUCGCUCUUCUCUUCAGCGCAGCUACUGCAUUCACUACCAUGCAACCAGUGUCUCUUCGUCAGCCCACUGUUUGCAACCUGGUCAUGUCCGACAAGGAGGUAGCAGCCAUUUUGGACCAAGCCAAAGGAUGCAUGGGAGAAGAAUGCUCCGUCGAUGAAGUCGACCAACUCCUGACUCUGCUCAAGGCCACUGAAAAGGACUUGAACAGCCGAAUGAAGGAUGUUGUGCGAAUGAUUGGCGAGCUCGAUCACUUGAAUGGAAAGGAGGAGCGAAAGCCUGACGAGAUCAAGUCCUUUGUCAAGGACAUGAUGAGUGUCUUUUCUCACACUAAACCCAAAUUCAAGCCCACUGGAUACUCUGGAGAUAUCGGCGAUGGUCCAACCACUGCCUACGAUGCCCUCCCACCCAAGAAGUGGAGCAAGCCAACUGUCUAA